AUGCCUGUUCCUUUGCGCUCCACUCCUCUCGUUGGGUCUGGGCCGUGAAGGGAGGGCGAAACCGCCCAAGAGGCGGGACUAGUUUGUGCUCAGGGGACAGGAAGCGGAUUGGGAAGAGGAGGAGGGGCCAACGGAGGGGGCGGGGCCAGGGAAGCGAGAAGCCGCAUCAACCAUGUAAGCGCCGCUUUCUGCCGCUGUCGCCGGUCUUUACCAGUCUUAAGUGUUUUCCAGGUUAACACAACCUUUUUAACCCUUCCAGAUACCAGAAGGAAAGCAGAAGCUGUUGUAGGCCAUGAUCCUCGCACAGCUGUCCAGCUUCGAAGUCUAAGCACAGUCUUAAAGCGUCUCAAGGAAAUCAUGGAGGGGAAAAGCCAGGAUAGUGACCUGAAGCAGUACUGGAUGCCAGAUAGCCAAUGUAAAGAAUGUUAUGACUGUAGUGAGAAGUUUACCACCUUUAGGCGUAGACAUCAUUGCCGGCUAUGUGGGCAGAUCUUCUGUAGUCGUUGCUGUAAUCAGGAAAUCCCUGGAAAAUUUAUGGGGUAUACAGGGGAUCUUCGAGCUUGCACUUAUUGUAGAAAAAUAGCUUUAAGUUAUGCUCAUUCCACAGAUAGUAAUUCCAUUGGGGAGGAUUUGAAUGCUCUCUCGGAUUCUGCCUCCUCUGUUUCUGUACUUGAUCCCAUUGAGCCACGAACACCUGUUGGUAGUAGAAAAGCGAGCCGCAACAUAUUUCUGGAGGAGGAUUUAGCCUGGCAAAGUUUGAUUCACCCAGACUCCUCAAAUACUACUCUCUCAACACGACUUGUGUCUGUUCAAGAGGAUGCUGGAAAAUCUCCUGCUCGAAAUAGAUCAGCCAGUAUUACUAACCUGUCAUUGGAUCGUUCUGGUUCUCCAAUGGUUCCCUCCUACGAGACAUCUGUCAGUCCUCAGGCUAAUCGAACGUAUGUGAAAACAGAGACCAGUGAGGAUGAACGCAAAAUUCUUCUGGAUUCUGUUCAGUUAAAAGACUUGUGGAAGAAAAUCUGCCAUCAUAGUACUGGAAUGGAGUUCCAGGAUCACCGCUAUUGGCUGAGGACUCACCCCAACUGCAUUGUAGGAAAGGAAUUGGUCAAUUGGUUGAUCCGAAAUGGACAUGUAACCACAAGAGCUCAAGCCAUAGCAAUUGGACAAGCCAUGGUUGAUGGACGUUGGCUAGACUGUGUCAGUCACCAUGAUCAGAUCUUCAGGGAUGAAUAUGCCUUAUAUAAACCAUUACAGAGCACAGAAUUUUCUGAGACUCCUUCUCCAGACAGUGACUCAGUGAACUCUGUAGAGGGACAUUCUGAACCAUCUUGGUUUAAAGACAUUAAGUUUGAUGACAGUGACACGGAACAAAUUGCUGAAGAAGGAGAAGAGAACUUAGCAAAUUCUGCCAGUCCUAGCAAGCGUACAUCAGUCAGCAGCUUCCAGUCCACAAUGGACAGUGACUCAGCCGCUUCUAUCAGCCUGAACGUGGAGCUGGACAACGUGAACUUCCAUAUCAAGAAGCCCUCCAAGUACCCACAUGUGCCCCCUCACCCUGCUGACCAAAAAGAGUAUUUGAUUUCUGACAAUGGAGGACAACAAAUCUCAAUAAGUGACGCCUUCAUUAAAGAAUCCCUAUUUAACCGAAGAGUUGAAGAGAAAUCCAAGGAGCUGCUUUUCACACCUUUGGGUUGGCAUCAUAGCAACCUGGAUCUCUUGAGGGAAGAAAAUGGGGAGAAACAAGCCAUGGAGAGAUUACUUUCAGCUAAUCAUAACCACAUGAUGGCAUUACUCCAACAACUACUCUAUAAUGACUCAUUAUCACCGUCCUGGAGAGAUAUCAUUGUGCCAGUGGUCUGUCAGGUGGUUCAGACCGUCCGACCUGAUGUAAAAAAUAGAGAUGAUGACAUGGAUAUCCGUCAGUUUGUCCACAUCAAAAAAAUUCCAGGUGGAAAGAAGUUUGAUUCUAUGGUUGUCAAUGGCUUUGUGUGUACCAAGAAUAUUGCACAUAAAAAGAUGAAUUCUUGUAUUAAAAAUCCCAAGAUCCUUUUAUUGAAGUGUUCCAUUGAGUAUCUUUACAGAGAAGAAACCAAAUUUACAUGCAUUGAUCCAAUUGUUCUACAGGAAAGAGAAUUCUUGAAGAAUUACGUACAGCGGAUAGUUGAUGUCCGACCUACUUUGGUUCUGGUUGAAAAAACGGUGUCUCGAAUUGCCCAGGAUAUGUUGCUGGAACAUGGUAUUACUUUAGUCAUUAAUGUAAAACCGCAAGUUUUAGAUCGAAUAAGUCGGAUGACCCAAGGUGACUUAGUGAUGUCCAUGGAUCAAUUGCUUACCAAGCCGCACUUAGGAACCUGUCACAAAUUUUACAUGCAAAUAUUUCAGCUACCUAAUGAUCAAACAAAAACGCUAAUGUUCUUUGAAGGCUGUCCACAGCAUCUGGGCUGUACCAUCAAACUGAGAGGAGGCUCUGAUUAUGAAUUAGCUCGAGUGAAGGAAAUCCUUAUAUUCAUGAUUUGUGUGGCUUACCAUUCUCAACUGGAAAUCUCUUUCCUUAUGGAUGAAUUUGCCAUGCCACCAACAUUAACAAAAAAUAGUUCAUUUCAUUCUUUGAUUGAAGAGCAGGGAAAUGAUGGUGGUCAGCAAGAUCAGUUCAGUGGAAGCCCCCUUCCUAGGGAGGCUGACUUUCUUCCUGACAAAUUGCCUAUAAUAUCUGAGUCUUUAUCUUCUGAUGAUAGUAACCAGUUGGAAUCAAGGACUCUGUUUGAGAAAACUUAUCAGGAAAAUGAAAGUGCUCUACAGGAUAGUGUCUCUUUGAAACAUCAGGAGCAUUUCACAAUGCCUGGACCAUCAGUUAUACCCCCUUUCUUUCCCUCCGUACCAGAGUCAUUGUUGCCUGUCCACAUUGAAGACCAAGAUGAUGCUUUUGAUAAUGAAUUGGAGGUCUUGCCACAAAGAGAUAAGGUCCAGGAGUCUAAAAUUCAGAUGAGAGUAUUCAGAGAUCCUCUCCAAGAUGACACAGGAUUUUAUGUAGCUGAAGAAGUGACAUCUUCUGAAGAUAGGCUCAAGACUUAUUCUUUAGCCUUCAAACAAGAACUCAAAGAUGUUAUCCUUUGUAUCUCUCCAGUAAUCACUUUCCGAGAACCUUUCCUUCUAACUGAAAAAGGCAUGAAGUGCCCUACACGAGACUAUUUUCCAGAGCAAGUUUAUUUAUCUCCUCUACUCAAUAAAGAGUUAAAAGAACUGGAGAGCAGAAGGAAGAAACAACUUCUAAGAGAUCUUUCUGGACUCCAAGGCAUGAAUGGAAGUGUUCAGACAAAGUCUAUCCAAGUAUUACCUUCCCAUGAGUUAGUGAGCACCAGAAUUACAGAACAUUUGGGUGAGAGUCAGACCUUGGGGAGAAUGCUGGCAGAUUACCGAGCCAGAGGAGGACGGAUACAGCAGAAGAAUGCAGACCCUUUUGUUCAGUCAAAAGAAACAUCAGAUAGUUCUGGUGGAAGGUCUGGAAACAAAACUGAGGGAGAUGAAGAUAGAGUCCUGAGUCACAGUGAUGCUGUAUGGUCUACAAAGGUGGACUGUCUGAGCGCUGUCAACCACCAAAGGCUUUGUGUGCUUUUUAGUAGCUCUUCUGCCCAAUCCAGCAAUGCUCCUAGUGCAUGUGUUAGUCCUUGGAUUGUGACCAUGGAAUUUUAUGGGAAGAAUGACCUCACUUUAGGAAUAUUUUUGGAGAGGUAUUGUUUCAGGCCUUCUUACCAUUGUCCCAGCAUGUUUUGUGAUACUCCUAUGGUACAUCAUAUUCGUCGAUUUGUGCAUGGGCAAGGCUGUGUCCAGAUUAUACUGAAAGAAUUGGAUUCUCCAGUACCUGGUUAUCAACAUACAAUUCUUACCUAUUCGUGGUGUAGAAUCUGUAAACAGGUAACACCAGUUGUUGCACUUUCCAAUGAUUCUUGGUCAAUGUCAUUUGCAAAAUACCUUGAGCUUAGAUUUUAUGGAUACCAGUAUACUCGGAGGGCCAAUGUUGAACCAUGUGGUCAUUCUAUCCACCAUGAUUAUCAUCAGUAUUUUUCCUAUAAUCAAAUGGUGGCUUCCUUCAGUUAUUCUCCCAUUCGGCUUCUUGAAGUAUGUGUUCCAUUUCCCAAAAUAUAUAUCAAACGGCAGGCCCCAUUAAAACUGUCUAUUCUUCAGGAUCUUAAGGACUUCUUUCAAAAAGUGUCACAGGUAUAUCUUGCUGUUGAUGAACGGCUUGCCUCUUUGAAAACUGAUACAUUUAGCAAAACAAGAGAAGAAAAGAUGGAGGACAUCUUUGCACAAAAAGAGAUGGAGGAAGGUGAGUUCAAGAAUUGGAUUGAGAAGAUGCAAGCAAGGCUGAUGACCUCCUCAAUAGAAACUCCUCAACAACUGCAGUCAGUCUUUGAGUCUCUAAUUGCCAAGAAACAAAGUCUCUGUGAAAUGCUACAAGCCUGGAAUAACAGUGGGAAGGCAUUUGCCUUUUGGAAGAUACUCUUUCCAUUCUCUGUUGUGAUUCUAAAAAUUCUGAAUAUUUUAAAAUUUCUUUCUUUAAGUUGUAAGGAGUACAAAAAUGCUUUAGAUGAAUUAUCUAAAGUGUCUCUGCGGAAUACCACUGAGGAAGUACUGCAAGCAAGCAGUAAUUUGGACAGCAGACCCAAGAGUAGCAGCCCAGUCAGAUUACCUGAUGCUGGGGGACCAGCAAGUCGACCAGUGGAAGCUGAACCUCAGCCACCCAAAAAGGCUUCGGGAGUGUUGUCUUUCUUCCGAGGUGCUGGAGGGAAGAGCCCUGACUUAUCUUCCCAAAAGAAGGAGACUUUACGUGGUGCAGACAGUGCUUACUACCAGGUUGGACAGAUGGGCAAAGAAGGGACAGAGAACCAAGGAAUAGAACCUCAAGAUGAAAUAGAUGGAGGAGAGACCCCCAAAAAACCACUUGCAAAUCCUCACGUGGAACUUCAAUUUUCUGAUGCUAAUGCCAAGUUUUACUGCCGUCUCUAUUAUGCUGGAGAGUUUCAUAAGAUGCGUGAAGUAAUCUUGGGGAGCAGUGAAGAAGAUUUUAUCCGUUCCCUUUCUCACUCUUUGCCCUGGCAAGCCAGGGGUGGAAAAUCAGGGGCUGCAUUUUAUGUGACUGAAGAUGACAGAUUCAUUCUGAAGCAGAUGCCUCGCCUGGAGGUCCAGUCUUUCCUUGACUUUGCACCACACUACUUCACUUAUAUUACCAAUGCUGUACAGCAGAAGAGACCCACAGCAUUGGCCAAAAUUCUUGGGGUUUAUCGAAUUGGUUAUAAGAACUCCCAGAAUAAUACCGAGAAGAAGCUGGAUCUCUUGGUCAUGGAAAAUCUCUUCUAUGGGAGAAAGAUGGCUCAGGUUUUUGAUCUGAAGGGCUCUCUUAGGAACCGAAAUGUGAAAACAGACACAGGGAAAGAAAGCUGUGAUGUUGUUCUCCUGGAUGAAAAUCUCUUAAAGAUGGUUCGCGAUAACCCUCUGUAUAUCCGUUCUCAUUGCAAAGCUGUGCUGAGAGCCUCUAUCCAUAGUGACUCCCAUUUUCUCUCAAGUCAUCUCAUUAUAGAUUAUUCUUUACUGGUAGGACGAGAUGAUACCAGUAAUGAACUAGUAGUUGGAAUUAUUGAUUACAUUAGAACAUUUACAUGGGACAAAAAGCUUGAAAUGGUAGUGAAAUCAACUGGAAUUUUAGGAGGCCAAGGUAAAAUGCCAACAGUAGUCUCUCCAGAAUUGUAUAGGACUAGAUUUUGUGAAGCGAUGGACAAGUAUUUCCUAAUGGUGCCAGACCACUGGACAGGACUGGGUCUCAAUUGCUGA